AGGCGUGGCUCACCUGCGGGGGUCCGGGAGCCGAAGCCGCGGAGAAGGCAGAGCUCUUUCGGAAGUGAUGGAGUCCGGGAGGAAGAGGUGGAGGAGCAGGAGGAUGAUGACGGGCCCGACGUUGCUGUUGGCCCUGCUCGUGCUGGGUGCGGAGGCGGGGGAGCUACCAGAGACCUGCCAGCUACCCAAAGUCGUGAGCCGAUGCCGAGCCGCCUUCCAGAGGUGGUGGUACAACGCCACCAGCCAAACCUGCGAGAAGUUCAUCUUUGGGGGGUGUAGAGGCAACCUCAACAACUUCCUCUCGGAACAGGACUGCCGCCAAGAAUGCGUCCCAGAUGAAGAUGUGAAGGCAACAGCGGCCCCUGACCAGCCAGGAGACGAAACCGUGACACCCACCACCGCAAGGGGUAAGGCCUCCAUCCAGAAGCUCUGGGGUGAAGGGGGAGGUUCAGCUGCUCUGUAUUCUCACUUCCCCACAGCUGAGUCCAAAUCUGGGCCCCAUCCUGAGCCAGGAGACUUCCGGGAGGGCUUCCAAGAGUUCUGCGCCGUGCCCUAUAAGGUGGGACGCUGCCGGGCCUCCUUCCCUCGCUGGUACUUCGACAUUGAGACCCGGACCUGUAAGAUGUUCAUCUACGGGGGCUGUGACGGGAACAAGAACAACUAUCUCUUCAAGGAACACUGCCUGGAGCAGUGCAAUGGACAUGGGGAGAUUACAGAAGAACUGGACCCGGACACCCACUCCCACCACUUCGCGGGCCCCCUGGUCCACUCCACCAGAGCGGUGGUGCUAGCUGUGCUCCUGGCCAUCAUGGCCGCCGUCCUGCUGGGCUCCAUGGUGGUCUUCUUUGUCAAGCUGUGCCGGAGGAGCCCGGGAGUUUCAUUGGGAACCGUGUGGAACACCCUGGAUGACAAGGAGUACCUGAUGAGCAACGCCUACACCCUCUGAGCGGCCCCGGCCAACGGCAUCUCUCUCUCUCUCACUCAC